AUGACUUCCAAGGACAAGACACUGAAGUGUAUUUUUCCAUUUGUCACACCCACUCUGGUUGUAUUUGUUAUCCUAAUGCCAGCUCCGUGCAGUGCCAUCAAGGUGAACUGCUCUCAGCCCAACCAGCUGGCCCUGCUGGAGGCGCUGACUCCAAUCUUUAGCCUGAGCGCCAUACGACCCGUCACGAACAUGACAACCCGCACCAACAUCAACACCUCCUUCAUCCUGUAUGGAAUACUAGGAGUGGAUGAAAAGGCUCAACUCUUGACCACGUACCUUUGGCUCCACUAUUGUUGGAUGAACGAGCUUGUCAGCUGGGAUCCAGUCGAGUGUGGCACCCACAAGAUCAUUCUGCCCAGAAACAAAUUUUGGAUGCCAGAUAUUGUCAUCAAUGAAUUCAUGGAUGAAAACACAGCACCUCAUGUCCCGUAUGUGAAUCUGUACAGCAAUGGACGGGUGCGCGAUGCUUAUCCGGCCAAAGUUGUCAGCUCCUGUAAUCUCGAUAUCUACAACUUCCCCUUCGACAUACAGAACUGCUCUUUGACAUUCAACUCCUACAUCCACAAUGGGAAAGACAUAAAUAUUUUCCUGAGCAAAUCUGUGGAUCACAUCACAGAGCACUCCAAGCAGGUCAUGACCACAAUGGGGGAAUGGGAGCUGCUGGACAUCACCUCCAACAACCGCAACCUAGACCUUGAUGAUGGCAAUUACAUUGACGAGCUCAUAUUUCAUAUCAGACUGAAGCGUCGGGCCACCCUGUACGUGGUGAACCUGCUGAUCCCCAGCUGCUUCCUCAUCACGGUCGACCUCUUCAGCUUCCUGCUCCCUCCUCAGACUGUGGACCGCUCCUCCUUCAAGAUGACCCUCAUCCUGGGCUACACCGUCUUCCUGCUCAUCAUGAACGACCUGCUGCCCAUCACAGGAAACUCCAUACCUCUCAUAAACGUCUUCUUCUCUCUCUGCCUGGCUCUGAUGGUGGCCAGUUUACUGGAGACUAUCCUCAUCACCAACCUGCUGUGUGGCUCUGCAAACUUCUCUCCAGUCCCUCGCUGGAUCCAAGUGCUAGUCCUUCAAAUUCCGGGCUGUCUUGUUCCCCUGUCACAGAAGGCUAAAGAUUCAGCCGAGUGCAGUUCCUCUAUGAUGAACUGCUCUCAACCUGACACACUGUCCCUGCUGGAGGCUUUCAAACCAGUCUUCAAACUGAGCGCCAUUCGACCCGUCAUGGACAUAUCAACCAUCACUAAUGUCAACAUUUCCUUCACCCUGUUUGACGUGUUCCUGUGUCUGUGCUUGGCUCUGAUGGUGGCCAGUCUGCUGGAGACUAUCCUCAUCACCAACCUGCUGUGCGGCUCCACUCAUUAUUCUGCAGUUCCUCACUGGAUCAGAGUACUUGUUCUCCAUAUCCUGGGCCGACUGGUGCGGCUUCCUCCAAAGUCCAGAGAUCUACAAGAUGUCACAGUCAUGCAAAACCCUGCAGCACAUGAAAUGAAAGUUUCCUCUGUGGUAGAAGAGGACAUUGAUGCUCCAGAGCAGAAAGGACCUCUGAAUGAGGACAAGGCCUUAGACGAGCUGAGGAGUCUGGGUAAGGAGCUCCAGGGUCUCCGCCUCCGGGUGGAGCAGCAUCUGGUUGGGAACCAGAGUUCGGAAGAGUGGAUCCAGGUGGGUUGCAUCAUAGAACGCCUCCUGUGCGGCCUCUACAUCCUCUUCAUAUCAUUCAGCUUCAUUACCAUCACCAUCAUCUGGGUGCGGUCCUACAACACCUGA